AUGGGCGGGGGAAAUCUCAAUCUCAAGAAGUCUUGGCAUCCGAGCACACUGAAAAAUCAGGAACGUGUCUGGAAAGCUGAACAGCAGGAGGAAAUGGAGAAGAAGAAAAUGGAAGAGUUGCAUCAGGAACUUCAGCACCAGAGAGAGAAGGAGCAUUAUCAGGAUCUGAACGACGAAGCGAGAGGCUCGACAGAGAAGAAAAAUAAAAUGGAUUGGAUGUACAAAGGAGUGACGGCCCUGGUCGAUCGCGAGGAUUACCUGCUGGGCCGGAAAGUCGAUAAAACAUUCGACGUGAUUCAGGCAGCGGAGGAGCAGAAUAAACAGACGGCGGAGAGCUCGGGCGGUGACGGGCUACCGAGUCAACUGUUCCGGCGAAGGAACGAUGACUCGGACCUCACACCGGUCGACAUGGCAACCAAGGUUCGCGAAGAUCCGCUGUACAUGAUAAGAAAACAGGAAUACGAAUCGAGGAAGCAGCUGUUGAGCAAUCCGGUGCGUUUGAAGAUGCUCCAAGAGAUGAUCGCUAAGGAAAAAUCUGGUAAAAGCAAGAAACACAAGAAAUCUAAGAAGCGAAAAAAGAAGAAGGAUAGCGAUGACGACUCUGACCUCGACGAAGGAGAUAUUGACGCGAAGAUCGCUAGGAGUCAGAAUCAAAGACAUGGCACCAGGAGUCCACAGAGGAGACAGGACUCCCGGAGCCCAAGCAGGAGGCAGAGGCACUCCCGAAGUCCGGAGCGUGAGAAGCGUACCGAGGACCACACGCCAAGACAGCGAGAUGAUGGCUUCGGUCUAAUACGGAGCUCAAGAGCUAGGGACCGUGAAGACUGCCAUGAGAAGAAGGAUUACAGAACAAUUCUUGAGGAUCGGCGGAAGAAGGAGGAGGAGGAGCGAAAACAACUCAGUAUAAAGUUGAGAGAGCGACAUUCCCGCAAGAUGACUCAGGAGGAAAAGGAGACGAAACUCCGAGAGAUGCAACAGGAUGCGGCUGCCCACGAGAAGGAGCGGGUAGAGUACGUCAAGAGGCACACAAAAUCGGAUUCGAUCGAAGUCCAAGGCUACAAAGAGGGUGGUUUCCGGGGGCCAGAAAUGUUAGCUAAAGCCGUAGACUCGUCAACUGUUGAAAUGCGUCUCAAGGCCAAGCACCAAGGUCUGCAGAGAUCCAGUCGAGCCAUGGAGAGUAAUUUCCUGCGUAAAUGAGUUUACUACGCCCAUGGGACACAUCAUUCAUCUUGAAUCGGAAAAACUCUGAGAUUUCGGACACAGCAUCGGGGGCAUAAAGCCAUCUAAGGAUGCUCGGUGCAUUCAAGGUUCGUACAUCCUCUUCCGGUGUGACGAGCGUGGAGAAGUUACGUACUGGAGCUAAGAAAUAAUA